CGUAUGAAUGAGUUGGAAAGUGUACGCGCGUACGCUUCAGAGGGAAAUAAUAUAGGUGGAAUGCGUUAGCGUGGUAAUAGUGGUAGUGUAACCGCAGCAAGAGGCAAGCAAACAAACAACGUCGUCGUCAACUAUUGCGAGUGUCGAACGGGAUGACGGAAUAGAAACUACUGCGACGCAGACGAUGGUUGUGUUGUGUGUGGCUGCGGUUGUUGACGAUGACCGUCUUCGUGGCAAAAUAUUGACGACAACUGUGGUUUAGAAAUCGAUGAUUGAUGCAAGCAGUACGUAAAGUGGGGGCUUGAAACGAGAGCGAAAAAAUGGUUCAUUUAGUCCAUUUCAAGCAGAGGCUCCAGCAAAGAGUGUCAUAAAACAAGCAAAUUGUUCAUACACUUCCAUUGUGGUAAUCGAAAUCAAAAAUAAAACUUCCACCAGGGUUUUUAAGUGCAGUGAAGUGAGUGAGUCUGAGCUUUAGUGCUUUUGUAGGCUAAUUGCAUGACGAAUAGAAUUGAUCUUGAAGGCGAGAAAAUGUUUAAUCAGUUUGUGUGCUGAAAAAAGUAUACGAAAAAGUGCAUCGAAAACGAAGGCGCAAGCGGAAAUCCAGAAAAAAAGAGCAAAUAACAAUAAGAAAACUCGUGUACCGGAAGUGGAAUUGUAAAAUAUUAAGAUAAUAUGACAGAUGAGCUUACAUCGAGAGGAAAAGAGAUAUAGUAUUGUGCUGUACCACAGUUGAAAUAAAAGAGGAACGCAACAUCGAGCGGGAACAUCGGUUGCGCUUACUAUUGCUGGUGUGUGCGGUGAUCGAUGGUCGACCAAUUUCUGGCAAAUCGAACCUUGGAGAAGCGGCACAUAAUCACGACGCAGCAUAACAAACAAAGUCAGGUCGCGCCAGUCGAGGUGUGGUGUGUGUGUGUGUGUGUGUGUAGUGCGUAGAAAGUGCGACUGCGCAGUAGCUGAGUAAGAUAAACCACCACCCCAGACGGGCAGGGAGAACUACCAAACGUGUGCGCAUCGACAUCAUCAUCAUUCGCAGUCAGUCGGCGCAAAGUUUGUGUGUCCGCGUAGUAGUGCCCAAAUGCGUACGAUUGUGCAGCUACAGCAGAAGCAGGAACGUCGUCGCAGACAUCGCCAGUCGUAGACGAACGAUCGGAUCGGACACUCAUGGGGGGCAAACAAAGCCGCCUCCAGCGAGAGCAGAAGCAUCAGUUACGGAAGCAAAAGAAGGAGAAAAAAGCAGCGAAACGUGUCGUGGAGGAGGAGAAGGCAGCUGCUGUGGGGGGCAGCGGCAGUAGUAGCGGUAGUGGGCUAAGGGAUAAACUGGUCGUAACGACUACCGAGCACCUGGUGCAGUGUAACACGGGCCCGCACAGCAGUGCGUCAGAUGUCGCACCGAUUGUUGGGUCGGCGCUGAACGUAACCGAACGUGACAUCGAGGGACGUACCGAGUGCAGCACCAGCUCGACGGAGGAGGACGGUGAAGAAGACGGCACUAAAAGCUCCGUUACCAUUACGAUUUGCAUGCUGAAAAUGGAACCAAAUGCCGCCAGCGCGGUGGAGACAGAGGAGCACACAUCGACGGUGGCGGAGGAAGUUGGAGGUGUUGGAGCUGGACCUGCGGAAAGCGAUGUCACUAUUGCAGACGACUUACUUUCUCGGCGACCACAACAGUGUGCCUGCCUUGAGAAUGGUAAUGUUGGAGCCUGCACAACAGAGUCAGACAGUGCGUGCGGUUGCACCACUACCGGAUCGAUCGACAAUCGGUUGAACAAUAACGAGCUUUCGGCGCCUACACCUACAACGACAUCGUCGCCAGCCGUCACCAACACAACGAUGUCGUCUUCCAAUGUUCCGAGUCCAGGUGCAGUACCGGCGGCGGCGACGACACCCCAGCCAGCACUGUCGUUUAUGAUCGGUGGACACGAUCCUGCCACGAUCAGCCAUCUGUUGCAUCGGUUGCGGCAUUUGCACCAUCACCAUCACCAUCAUCUGCACCACCAUCACCAUCACCAUCUGAUGCAUCUGCAUCACCAUCUGCACCAUCACCAUCAUCCAGUGACGGGUGGCGGCGGUAUCGCUGAUUUGCCAGCCGAUCUGGUGUCUCCCAGCAAUAGCACAAUCGACUGGAGACAGCAUCAGUGGAUCCCUGCUGGGAUGAUGGUUGGUUCUAGCAAUGGUGCGAUAGCGCGCCCUGCAACCGAAAGCCCUGCCGCCAGUGGAGCAUCCACCGUGACACCGGCUUCAACCGCCAGCCAGCUCUUUAUGGACAUCGAUAUCGAUCUGAAGGAUAAGCUGGAGGGUUUGAAGUUGGGACCGGCUGCUGCUACUGCCACGGCAGGACAGCGAAGCAGCAACAAUAACGUGACGGAGGAAAGCGGCGAACAUCCGUACAGUGUUGGUGAAUGUCCGACGUGCUGUGCCAUGGCUAUGGCUGCCAAUGCAUCUUCUGGCAGUGGUUCGCUGGGCGGUGUUGGAUCGCUUGGCAGUAGUGGUGGCGGUGGAUCCGGUGUUGCGGGUUCCGUUGCAAAUGGGACGAACAUGUACAACGGCAAUGUUGGCGAGGUGGAGGAGAAGAUUCUCAACACUAGUAACCAACCGGCGGUAACACCUGCGGUGGCAACCGGUGGCGUAAAUGUGCCAGAACCGGCUGCUGCUGCUGGUCCUGCUGUGGCGGUAACUUCACUAGCGACGGCGAUGGAUAACAGCACGACCGUCUCCCAAGCGAACGAUCAGAUUUCAACAGCGCCGGACAACACUAAAGCUGGAUCAUCAUCAGUGGCAACUUCAUCUGCCGUCGGUGGUAGUACUACUACUGCUGCAGCAGCGGCGGCGGCGGCAGCACCCAUCGCCAGUGGGAGGGAGGAGGAUGUCGAACGGACCGUAGCGUUGGAGGACAAUUCCUCGAACCCGACAACAACAGCACCAGCAACUCCGACCAGUAGCAGCAGCGCGGCGGCUUCGACGAGUUCAGCAAACACGACCAGUGACAGUCCACCAGCAACCACGGUCACGUCUGGUAGUGUUACUGCUACGGCUGCUACAUCAUCGUCGUCGUCGUCGUCGUCGACGUCUACUAAAACAACAACGACCACAGCAGCAUCGUGUUGCAACCGGAAGUCAUCAUCUUCCACCGCGUCCACACUGUUCGGUUCCUUAUCGUUCGCUGGUCGGCGAUCGCGCUCGUCUAACGCACGGUCCGGAAGUUGCUGUGCUAACAGCACAACUCCCGCCGAAGGUGUGUCACCGCCCGAGCAGCAGCACCAAAAGUCCCGCAUCUCUUGGAUACCGGGCAGUGGACACAAGCAGCAACGUGCCAGUAACGGUUCGAAAAAUGUUCGCCCCAAUGACACGCCAACUUCCGGCGGUGGUGGUAAAUCGAAAAAAUCUAACUGGCCCUUCUCGCUGAAGUCAUCCAGCGGUGGUGGGUCCUCGCAAUCGCGCACCAACGGCACAGUGACGGGUGUCCACAAGCAGACGACCAAAGCCGCACCGGUGACAGCAGCGGGAGGGUCCGCAGUGAACAGUGGUUGUGCGUCAACGGGCACCACCGCGGGCAUGAUGUCCGUGGACAUGUGCAACAGUAUUGUGUCGGCGACCGUUGGAAGUGGGCCGAUGCUUCGCGGAAACUCGCUGUUAGCUUCGGCGAAACUUUUGAAAGGCGAAACGGAUAAGGAUGACUCGUGCGUUUGUACGGCUUACCGGAAGGUGAGCGAAUCGCCUCCACCGCCAUCAUCGCCUGCGCCGACAUCAGCAGCAGCAGCAGCAGGACCAUCCCGUGUUGCUGCCAGCCCCAGACCGGCCGAAUCGGUCGAAUGGUUAGAGGAAGCGAUACAAGGAACCGGGCUGCUACCACUCAAUCUCCAUAUGCUAAGCUCGCUCCGAGCCGGCAACGCCGCUAGUAGUAGCCCAUCGCCAUCCGCAGCACAAUCGAUAGCUGGUGGCGCGCCGAUGAUAUCACUCAGCCCAGAGCCAAUACCUGCUUCGUUGCUGUCGAACCAUCACCACCAUCAUCAUCACGCGAUGGCUGCCGCCCUGGUUGCCGACCAUCAUCCGUCGUUCUUCUUCUCGACUGCGCCCGGUCCUUCCAAUCAUCACCACGGACCGGUGGCGGCGGGGUCCGGUGUUGGCGGAACGGCAGCAGCAGCGGCAGGUGCACUAUUCGGCACUCUUCCCCUCGGAUCGAACCACUCGGCUGCCAGCGAUGUGAUACUGCUGUCGGAUUCACCCGUUCUGUUUGAUCUCACCAGCGAUGACUUCUCGGUGGAAGAUUGUGACGAACGGGCCCGCAUCCAGCGGGAGCUGGAAAUCCGCGAAGGUGUAGAUGCACCGCCCAACUUCCACCCGCGUCGCCUCAUGUCCGGCGGCACGAUCGCGUCCGGACCGGCCGCAAACCAUCCGAUCGCGUUCAUCUACUCCCGCGACCUAAUGCAGCGAGGGCUGCUGAUGGCGAACAAGCUGAUACAGCCGCUGGAUGCGGCCGGUGCGUGUGCGGCGGGCCGGGCCGGGUUCGGCCGGUUGCGCAUCCAUUCGCAGGUCGAUUUCAUCCACUGUCUGGUGCCGGAUUUGCAGAAAAUUACCAGCUGCAGCUUUUACUGGGGCAAGAUGGAUCGGUACGAGGCGGAACGGUUGCUCGAGGGUAAGCCGGAGGGUACCUUCCUGUUGCGCGAUUCGGCCCAGGAGGAGUUCCUGUUUUCGGUGUCGUUCCGCAAGUACAACCGGUCGUUGCACGCUCGGAUAGAGCAGUUCAAUCACAAGUUUAGCUUCGACUCACGCGAUCCGGGUGUGUUUACGGCCUCGACCGUAACGGGACUGCUGGAACACUACAAGGAUCCGUCCUGUGUGAUGUUUUUCGAACCGAUGCUAACGUUCCCGCUGAAUCGUAACUUUAGCUUCAGCCUGCAGCAACUCUGCCGGGCAGUGAUCGUGAGCAAUACGACGUACGACGGGAUUAACGAGCUGACGCUACCAAAGUCACUGAAGUCAUAUCUGAAGGAGUAUCACUACCGGCAGCGGGUUCGCUUUCGGCCCAUGGACGAGCAUCUCUACUCCAACGCGUAGCUGCUCGAUGGUGACGUUUACGACCCGGCUGACGAGGAGCGCGAUGACGACGAUGAUGACGAAGAUGGUGUCACACGCGCUGGAAAACGUUCCAACAAUGGAGCUUCGUGCUUUCUUCGGGAAAAAACGGGCCAAAGAUACAAACCAACGGCUGCUGCGGUAGUGAUGAGAUGUUUGGUGAAAAGUUCCGGUGCUCACCAUUACUACUACGCCAUCCAUCCGCUACCGGUGAAGCUGGGAAAGCGGGGUAAUGGAUCGUUUCAAACCGUAGCCCGAAGACCGUGCGGCAAAAUGAUGAAGAUACAAUCGUUGGGUUACCGGUGGCGUAAACGGCUACAUCUGCAAGGUAACGCUGUCCGAGCUUCUGCUAGUAGAUCGCAUCAGCAGCAUCCAUCGACAUCAUCAGCGUGUUCGUCUGCUUCGUCGCACUGGAUGAUCGUACUAAAGCGGUUCCUUAAGCGCCGGCAAAGGAGAAUGUCCUAAUUUUGCUUUUGGCGCACUUUUUUUUUUUGUUUUGUUUUUACUGUAUUUGUGUGCGUGUGUGUGUCAGAGAAGAUCGAUAGAUGAUCGUUGCGUGUGUUUGUUUGCUUAUGUGUGCUUCUCUUUCUUUGUAGCAUUUUUUCUGUUAUUAAACUUAAAUUCACAAUUGAGAGCACAAUGGAGCUGUAGCUAAAGAGAGAUAUAGAACGCAAGAGGAUUACUGUCGAAAACGGUACACACACGCACACAACCUUAUCACUUUCGUAUCCUUUCCCUUCCCAAAUCCUCACUCAUCCUCCCCAUUUACCUAAGGUGGUUGAAAAAGGGCACUACAGUAGUGUAGGUGUAUUAGUAAAUUAUUUUGCAUUUCCAUUCCAUCCGUUUCCUUCGACAUAGAAAAGGGGAGAGUUUAGUUAACCAAAAACAAUAGAAGUAGAAAAGUGGGCAGUCAAACAGUCUGUGUAUGUACUGUUGUAGUGUAACGACCACCAGAAUCAGUAUUUCAGUAGCGAAUGCGUUUAGAUCCAGCGAGCCCUAGCAAAAACCCGUUUAUCUCCCGUUCAUGCUUUCCCCAGUUGUCUAGAGCGAGAAAUUGUAUUGUGUUUGUUUUGUGUAAUAGUGUUUAGCGAUAGACAAACAGCAGCGUACGCGUAUUUAUUACACCGUAGUCGUUAUGGGAAGGAUUUUACAUACCUAAGCAAUUUAGAGAAGAAAGGACAGUUAUGACAGUUAAAAACAGAUGGAGCAACGGAAUGCACGUGCACACCGCACUGUUGUGUGCAUUGAGAGAAGAACAAUGAUUUACUUACGUUUAUAAGCGCUCCCCUAGCCAGAAUUAUCGUUGUACAAUGGAUUGUGUUUUAAGUGGAGAUUAGUUUAAUAUUUAGUUGUUGCUUUCGCGGUGCACCAAGCGCGGCCGGAAGAGUUUAGUCUAAAUUUAAUGUAAAGGUGAGAGAGGGGUGUAGAAAAAUAUGCGGGGGGAUACAGAUGUCUCACAGUGUGUGUAAGCUCGUGAAGAACUGAAAAGAAAAACAGGAUGAAAUAUGAGACACGAUUUAAAAAAAUACACUCAUAUUCCAUGGAAAUAUCUAAACAAAAAUGUAAAGUAAAAUCAAUCUCUAGUUGUGGAAAGAAGAGAGAAUCGUACAACUCUGUUCAUCAAAAUACUGUUCUGAACGAUUUAUACACCAGAAAAGCGCGAGAGUGAGGUACGUUUGGCUGGCCGCGAGCGAGAAAAGGCCUUGUGAAGUCACUUAGUGAAAUGUGGAUGUGGUAAUAAGGCUCUUAAAAAGCUACACACGAACACAAGCCACACUAAAAAAAAAA